AAGGAUAUAAAUAAAAUAAAAAUAGAUCGACAAGUAGUAAUCAAUCAGUUCGCAUCCUAAUCCAAACUGUUCGCUUAUAACUCCACGUCUCUCUGCUCCUCCGAUCAUUACUCUCUUCUUAUAUGAACUCUCUCCAUUCCCUUAUCGAACUACCAAAUUUCAUCUGCAUUUAACGUUUAUUCUCCGUCUUUACAGUCCCUUUCCAGUUCAGAGACAAAUCCGAAGCAAUCAAACUUCUCUAGAUGGGUUUUGCGAGGAAAGAAUAUGAAUUUUUGAGCGAGAUCGGGUUGAGCUCGCACAAUUUGGGUUGUUAUGUCAAUGGCACGUGGAAAGCACAUGGUCCUGUGGUCACCACUUUGAAUCCUGCAAAUAACCAGGUAAUAGCUGAGGUUGUGGAGGGUUCCCUUGAAGAUUAUGAAGAAGGUAUGCAAGCUUGCAGUGAAGCAGCUAAGACAUGGAUGCAGGUUCCUGCGCCCAAGAGAGGUGAGAUUGUCAGACAGAUUGGGGAUGCUUUGCGAGUAAAGCUUCAGCAGCUUGGUUGUCUUGUCUCACUUGAGAUGGGAAAAAUACUUCCUGAAGGCAUAGGGGAAGUUCAAGAAAUCAUUGAUAUGUGUGAUUUUGCUGUUGGGUUAAGCCGACAACUGAAUGGAUCAAUAAUACCUUCAGAACGCCCAAAUCAUGUGAUGUUGGAGACAUGGAAUCCUCUAGGAAUAGUUGGUGUCAUCACAGCUUUCAACUUCCCAUGCGCUGUUCUUGGAUGGAACGCAUGCAUUGCCUUGGUCUGUGGCAAUUGUGUGGUUUGGAAAGGUGCUCCAACAACUCCUUUGGUCACAAUAGCAGUGACAAAGCUGGUAGCUGGUGUGUUGGAGAGGAACAACUUACCACCUGCAAUUUUCACAUCAUUUUGUGGUGGUGUUGACAUUGGUGAAGCAAUAUCAAAAGACACACGCAUUCCUCUGGUUUCUUUCACGGGGAGUUCAAAGGUGGGCCUAAUGGUGCAACAAACAGUGAAUCAAAGAUAUGGUAAAUGUUUGCUUGAAUUAAGUGGCAACAAUGCUAUAAUAGUAAUGGAUGAUGCAGACAUUAAGCUAGCUGUUCGUUCCAUUCUGUUUGCUGCUGUUGGGACAGCUGGUCAACGUUGCACAACUUGCCGUAGGCUGCUUCUUCAUGAGAGUAUAUAUCAGAGCGUACUUGAUCAGCUAGUUAAUGUAUACAAUCAAGUCAAAGUUGGGGACCCAUUGGAAAAAGGUACAUUGCUUGGGCCAUUGCACACUUCAGAAUCAAGGAAAAAUUUUGAGAAGGGAAUCGAGAAGAUAAAGUCCGAGGGAGGAAAGAUUCUAACUGGUGGUUCAAUUAUAAAAUCUGAAGGGAAUUUUGUGCAGCCCACAAUAGUUGAGAUUUCUCCAAACACAGAUGUUGUAAAGGAAGAGUUAUUUGCUCCUGUGCUUUAUGUUAUGAAAUUUCAGACUUUGCAAGAAGCCAUUGAAAUAAAUAAUUCGGUGCCUCAAGGAUUAAGUAGUUCUAUCUUCACCCGCAAACCCGAAAUUAUCUUCAAGUGGAUUGGGCCACAAGGAAGUGACUGUGGUAUUGUUAAUGUCAAUAUACCUACAAAUGGUGCUGAAAUAGGUGGUGCAUUUGGCGGUGAAAAGGCUACAGGCGGUGGUCGUGAAGCAGGAAGUGAUUCUUGGAAGCAGUAUAUGCGACGCUCAACUUGUACAAUCAAUUAUGGGAAUGAAUUACCGCUAGCACAAGGCAUCAAUUUCGGCUAGUAGAUAUGAUCAGCAGCCUUGUUGCUACAGAUGUUGACAGAGAGAAGGGAUGUGCCCUUGGAGCUUUGUGCUCUAGAUUAAAUGUUCUCUUAUAUAAGCAUUACCUUAGCACAAAUGUAAUGAUAAUAAUAAUAAUAAUAAUAAUAAUAAUAAUAAUAAUGCAUGAAGGUCAAAUGUACUACAAA